GACAAUAGAACACAUGACACGAUGCAGUUGCCUCUCAGAGACUCGGUGUUGUGGCCAUAUUUUAUUGCAAUCACGGUUUCUGCCGUAAGUGCUUUCCCAUCACUAAAGCAAUUUCAAUCGCAGAAGGACGACUGCCAGCGCAUUUGGCCUCGCUUUCUGUCGUCAAGACUGACUCCUUGUCACUACAUAUGCGCGAUAACUACUACGAGCGCAGGAAUUUACACGCUGGUGCGGCCUGAACCCGAUGGAACUGAUUGUUGGGCGCCAAAUCGAGGAAUCUGUCUUAAUGGAAAAUGUCGCAUCGACGAACCUUCUGCCAGUCGCAACUUCCUGCAGCAACACCGAUUGCGAGAUUCUCUUCGACCUCGUCGCUUCAAACGGAGUUUGGGAUCGUUUUUCCAAAAGCUGAAGAAGAAAGGAGAAUCAGAAUUCGGGGCUCUUCGCGAGCGCUUCACUCUCCUGAAAGAGAAGCAACAUCGUCAGGGCGAGUCUUUGCAGGAGAAAGUGGGACAAGCAACCGCCACUUUGGGUGAAUUUCUCAAAGACAGCAUGCUAAACGUCACGAGCCAACUGAAGACUGCGGUGCACCAUGACAAGAGUGGUAUUGCGGACGUGAAACUCGACGCGCUCGGAAGAGCCUCUGGAGAACCCAUUGAACAAAGCAAUGGACAACCUUCUGCGACAAAGGGCGAAUCAAAGGCUAUUGAAUUAUCAGGGGCUUCACUCCGUAAAGAAACAGGAACAAAGGAAAACAAGGUCGGAGUCACCAUAGACGCAAGAUAUUCUGGUAACGCAGCCGGCCAGCAUGUAAACCAAUGGCCCGAAGCGAAAUUCGGUAUGCCGUCACUCAUUAGGAAGGAAAUCACCAAUGAAACACCGCGGUUUAAUGGCAGCACAAAUGAUAAUUCUCGGGUUGCAACCACCGAAUCACCGAUAGACUAUAGUAGCGAAAACCUAGGUGCUGAAAUGAGCGCACAAGAUGUAGAAACAAGCAGUGAACAUGAAACAUCGUCUGAGGUAAUCGGUAACAAAGACCAGCCUGUGACCCCUCUUUUAAACUUACAAUCCAACUCACACAUCACGAACGCAAAUUCGUACAAUAAUAUAAACAUUUUCACGGGCUUAUUGGCGAAUAACGCUGAAAAAGCCAGCGCAGUGAAAAGCGGGAACACUGGUUCGCUGUACAAGCCCCCACCUCUUGAAUCUUCACCAAAGCCUCUCGUUUUUGUCAGAGACGGUGAGGUUUCUCUCCGUACAGGAGCUUACCCUUCAGAGAGCCGGCUAAGGUCUUCCACGUCACUGCCAUCGGCCAUCACUCGGACUAACAUGCCAAGUGCCCAUCCUACAAGCAUGUUUACAGGGGCGCAGAGUGAAGCAGCUGCAAGAAGUAACGAAAAUUAUAAGGCAAGCAUAUCCUAUAGUCCAGAACCCACAGCUCUACCUAAAAAAAUGUUUGAGUCAGAUGGACGGAAAUCAAUCAAAAAUUCCACGCUGGUCAAAGUUUGCAAACGGGGAGUGUUGUGAAAACAAAUGCUUAUCUCGCGGGUAAAGGUCUCAGAACUGUAACGCCCCUCUCGUCGACCAAUAGUUGGCCAAACACACCAGGUCAAGUAAACGGAAAUUUUUCCACAAAAUCGCAGAGUGGAGCGGAAGUUCCAACACGAUACUUAAGCUUCAAUAGUAAAUUGUCGUCUAGCUCAAAAUAUGAAGCUCAAUAUAGGCCAGGGUCAUCCUCACACGCUCCAAAAGUUAAUUAUGACUUUUCUAGCGCAGCAAUUUCCCCGAGUAAAUAUAAUCCACCAUCGAGACCUUACUUCUCUAAAGAAGGAUUGAGUACUUACGCGCGGCUGCGAUCGGCCUUCAAUUCACCAAACCCACCGCCUCACGCAAGCAUGAAAGGCAUUUUUACAAAGCCACAGGAUGAAGCGCAUGAAUUUCUUCACCCUGAAAAAUUAGGCACUGACCUGUCCUUGCGUUCAGUAGACCAAGGCAUUCCUGCGAAAAUUAUGGAGUCAUAUGUAUCGGAAAAUAAAUCGAAUCUAUCCACUACACUACAUUCGCCAACAGAAAAUGAUGCCAAUCAAGGAAUCAAGGCCGUUAACUCAAAAAGUUCUUGGCCCAUACAAAAUACGUAUAAUGAGUUCGAGACAACGACAAAGAAAGGCUUUUCUGCACACGUAGCCGGAGAGCCUAUAACAGCGUUGCCACAUGAAGCACCGUCUCCAAUUCAAUCGGUACCUUUCCCAGGAGUUACUUCAUUAGGAGAAAAUAGCGACGCGCUCUCACAACACUUAUCACGAAAUCAAAAGAAGUCUUCUCACAUGGCUGUUUCAAGACCUUCGACGCCACUGCUUCAACCUGAAGAAGCUUUCUUGUCUAAUUACAGUGCUGCCAAUGAAAAUAUUAAUAUGUCCUUGUCAGCAAAUGCAUCAGUGUUAUUGCCGAAGCAUACUUUUGAAGUAAAAAUCGAACAUCCAUCACUUGUUGAGAGUUCGCUCGGUAAACUGAAAUUCUACCAUCCAUCAGAUAAUGAGAGUCCAUCACCGGUAAUGAGAGUCCCAUCGACAACACGAAGAGCGCUCAUGAGAGAAAGCAAAGAAGGAGCGAGUCUGCAGCCACCUUCACCUGCACCUAUUGUUGCACAGACGAAAAGUGAUUCCUUUAAAGGAAAGCUUCAGAGUACAGCAGAACAUUCGAAGGACUCCGGCUCUUCUUGAGAUCCCAAAAGAGAGUCCCGCUAGGAAAUCUAUCGCAGAGUUACCAAAUCAGCGAUCAGCCUCGCUCAUAAAAGGAAUAGUUGCACCGCCAUUGAAUGUCCUACCGACAACGCUGCCGCUUCCUCAAGCAGGCAAUAGAGCAGUGAAAUUGAGGCCGCCUUCGCCAACGUUUGAGCAGACGGGAAGCUUACUAUUUGAGGGUAAGCGUAAGAGAAUCACAGAACCUGCAAUGGCUCCUUCUUUGGUCGAGGUUGAAGAAUCGAUUCCCGGUACAAAAUCUGCAGCAGGAUUACCUGAGAAACCACUUGCUGUGCUCCCGAACGCGGUAAUUACACAGAGAUUGAACCUCCCACCAUCAGCACUGACAAUACCCAAUGCAAGGAGGCAAUAUACCGAGGCAAAUCCAGCCGCCUUCACCAAAUGUUCUGAAGAUGAAAAGUGUAUCUUUUGAGCGUACGCUUCAGAGAGCCACAAAACUCGCCGCGGCUCCGUCUUUUCGAACGAUCGAAUCAAUGAAUCCCGCUCUGACAUCUCCAGCAGAAUUAACAAAGGCACCUGCUGCAGCACACGCGAACGAAACAGCUGCAACGGUAUUGAAUGCCCCACCAUCAACACCAACAGUACCCACGCAAGGGCGCAAUAUAGCAAUGAACAUUCAGCUGCCUUCACCAACGGUUGAGCCGACGAAGAUUGUUUCAGUUGAAGGUGAGCUUAAGAGAAUACCAAAACCAGCAACAACUCCGUCUCUUCCCACAAUCGAAACAUCGACUCCCAGUGCGAAGCCUCCAGCAGAAUUACCAAAGACACCUUCUGCACCAUCAACACCGAGAGCAUCUGCUCAAGAAGACAACGUAGAGGGUAAAAUUCAGACGCCGUCAACAAAGCUUGAGCAGACGAAGAGUGAACCUUCUCAGGGCGAGCCACAGAGGGUCACAGAACCUGCAACGGCUACGUCUGCUCCAACGAUCGGAGCAUUCAAUCCCGCAGUUAAAUCUGCAGCAGACUUACCGAAGGCACAUGCUGCAGGGCAUGCGGGCAAUAUUAUUACACUGCUAUUGAAUGUCCCACCAUCAACACCUACACUACCCACGCAAGGAGGCCAUGUAUCAAUAAAAAUUCAGUCGCCUUCACCAAAGGCUGAACAGACGAAUACUGUACCCAUUGAGGGCGAGAUAAACACAGUCAAAGAACCUCCAAUGGCUCCGUCUAAUCCGAUAAACGAAUUAUUUACUGCACCUGUGAAAUCGGCAGCAGAAUUAACAAAGACAUCUUCUACGAUGCAUGCGAAUUUAACUGCACCUGUAUUGAAUGUCCCUCCAUCAAAAUCACCAGUGCUUACACAAAAAGGUAAUGUAGCAAUGAGAAUUCAUUCGCCUUUACCAAAGGUGGAUCAGACGAAGAGUGUUUUUAUUGAGGGUGAGCUUAAGAGAAUCAAAAAACCAGAAACGGCUGCGUCUCUUCCGACAAGCGAAUCAUUGAUUCCCGCUGUGAAAGUUGCUGCAGAAUUAGGAAUAAAGCCGUCUGCAGUGCACGCGAAUGAGAUAAGUACACCAGUACUGAUUGUCCCACCAUCAAUCCCAAAAGUACCCACACAGAAAGACACUGCAGGAAGGAAAAUUCACCCACCUUUACCAAAAGUUGAGAAGACAAAGAGUGUACUUUCUGAUGGCGAUCUAAAGAGGGCCACAGAACAUGCAAUUGCUACACCCCUUACAACGAUCGAGACACUGAUUCCUUCCGUGAAAUCUGCAACACACUUACCAAAGGCAUCUUCUGCAGUGCACGCACAAGGGAUUAUUGGACCUGGAUUGAAUGUCCAGCUAUCAACACCGAGAGUACUCAUGCAAGGAGGCAAUGUAGCAGUGAACAUUCCGCCAUCUUCAUCUAGAGUUGAGCAGGCAAAGACUGUAUCUUUUGAAGGAGGGCUUAAGAUAAUCACAAAACCAGCAACGGCCCCGUCUAUAUCAACGAUCGAAGCACGGACUCCCGCUGUGAUACCUGCAGCAGAAUUAGCAAAGACGCGCUCUGAAAUGCACGCGAACGAGAUAGAGAGCCCGCCAUUGAAUGUCCCACCAUCAGCAACUAGAAUACCCACGCAAGGAGGCAAUGCAGCAAUGAAAAUUCAGCCAUCUUCAGAAAAGGUUCAGCUGACCAAAAGUGCAGCCUUUGAGGGUACCAUAAAGACGAUGACAAAACCAGAAACGGCUCCGUCUCUUCCGACAACCAUUUUAUUGACUCCCCCUGGCGAAUCUGCAGCAGAAAUAAGAAUGAAAUCUUCUGCAGUGCACGCGAACGAGAUAAGUGCACCGGCACUGAACGUGCCACCAUCAAUCCCAAGAGUACGCACAGAGGAAGGCAAUGCAGGAAUGAAAAGUCAGCCACCUUCACCAAAGGUUAAGCUGACGAAGAGUGGAGUCUUUCAUGGUGAGAUAAAGACAAUGACAAAGCCAGAAACGGCUUCGUCUCUUUCGACGACCGAAUCAUUCCCUGCCACUGGGGAAUCUGCAGCAGAAUUAAGAAUGAAAUAUGUUGUAGGGCGCGCGAACAAGAUAAGUACACCAGUAUUGAAUGUCCCACCACCAACCUUAAGAGUACCCACAGAGGAAGGCAAUGCAGGAAUGAAAAUUCAGCCACCUUCGCCAAAAGUUGAACUGACAAAAAGUGGAGUCUUUGAGGGUGAGAUAAAAACAAUAACAAAGCCAGAAACGGCUCCGUCUCUUCCGACGACCGUUUCAUUGACUCCUGCUGGGAAGUCUGCAGCAGAAGUAAGAAUGAAACCGCCUGCAGUGCACGCGAACGAGAUAAGUACACCGGUACUUAAUGUUCCACCAUCAAUACCAAGAGUACCUAUAGAGAAAGGCAGCGCUGGAAUGAAACUUCAACCACCCUCACCGAACGUUGAGAUGAAGAAAAGUGUAGCUUUUGAGGGUGAGACAAGGACAAUGAUAAAACCACAAACGGCUCCGUCUCUUCCAACGACAGUUUCAUUGACUCCUGCGGGGAAGUCUGCACCACAAUUAAAAACAAAGCCGUCUGCAGUGCACGCGAACGAGAUAAGUACACCUGUACUGAAUAUUCCACCAUCAAUACCAAGAGUACCUAUAGAGAAAGGCAGCGCAGGAAUGAAACUUCAACCACCCUCACCGAACGUUGAGAUGAAGAAAAGCGGAGCCUUUGAGGGUGAGAUAAAGACAAUGAUAAAACCACAAACGGCUCCGUCUCUUCCAACGACAGUUUCAUUGACUCCUGCGGGGAAGUCUGCACCAGAAUUAAAAAUAAAGCCGUCUGCAGUGCACGCGAACGAGAUAAGUACACCUGUACUGAAUAUUCCACCAUCAAUACCAAGAGUACCUAUAGAGAAAGGCAGCGCAGGAAUGAAACUUCAACCACCCUCACCGAACGUUGAGAUGAAGAAAAGUGGAGCCUUUGAGGGUGAGAUAAAGACAAUGAUAAAACCACAAACGGCUCCGUCUCUUCCAACGACAGUUUCAUUGACUCCUGCUGGGAGGUCUGCACCAGAAUUAAAAAUAAAGCCGUCUGCAGUGCACGCGAACGAGAUAAGUACACCUGUACUGAAUAUUCCACCAUCAAUACCAAGAGUACCUAUAGAGAAAGGCAGCGCAGGAAUAAAACUUCAACCACCCUCACCGAACGUUGAGAUGAAGAAAAGCGGAGCCUUUGAGGGUGAGAUAAAGACAAUGAUAAAACCACAAACGGCUCCGUCUCUUCCAACGACAGUUUCAUUGACUCCUGCUGGGAGGUCUGCACCAGAAUUAAAAAUAAAGCCGUCUGCAGUGCACGCGAACGAGAUAAGUACACCUGUACUGAAUAUUCCACCAUCAAUACCAAGAGUACCUAUAGAGAAAGGCAGCGCAGGAAUGAAACUCCAACCACCCUCACCGAACGUUGAGAUGAAGAAAAGUGGAGCCUUUGAGGGUGAGAUAAAGACAAUGACAAAACCACAAACGGCUCGGUCUCUUCCGACGACCGUUUCGUUCACUCCCGCUAGGGAGUCUGCCGCAGAAUUAAGAAUGAAACCUUCUGCAAUGCACGUGAACGAGAUAAGCACACCGGUACUGAAUGUUCCAUCAUUAAUAACAAGAGUACACACAGAGGAAGGCAACCCAGGAAUGAAAAUUCAGGCACCUGCACCAAAGAUUCAGAUGAAGAAAAGCGGAGGCUUUGACGGUGAGAUAAAGACAAUGAUAAAACCACAAACGGCUCCGUCUCUUCCGACGACCGCUUCAUUGACUCUCGCUGGGGAAUCUGCUGCAGAAUUAAGUAUAAAACCGUCAGCAGUGCACGCGAAUGCGAUAAGUACACCGGUACUGAAUAUGCCACCAACAAUCCCUAGAGUACGCACAGAGGCAGGCAACGUAAGAAUGAAAAUUCAGCCAUCUUCACCAAAGGUUCAGCUGACAAAGAGUGGAGCUUUUGAGGGUGUGAUAAAGACCGUGACAAAGCCAGAAACGGCUCCGUCUCUUCCGACGACUGAAUCAUUCCCUGCCGCUGGGGAAUCUGCAGCAGAAUUAAGAAUAAAACCGUCGGCAGUGCACGCGAACGCGAAAAGUACGCCGGUACUAGUUGUCCCGCCAUCAAUACCAAGAGUGCCCACAGAGGAAGGCAAUGCAGGAAUGAACAUUCAACCAUCCUCAACAAGCGUUGAGAUGAAGAAAAGCGUAGCCUUUGAUGGUGCGAUAAAGACAAUGAUAAAACCUCUAACGGCUCCGUCUCUUCCGACGACACUUUCAUUGACUCCUGCUGGGAAGUCUGCAGCAGAAUUAAAAAUAGAACCGCCUGCAGUGCGCGCGAGCAAGAUAAGUACACCGGUACUAAAUGUCCGACCAUCAAUCCCAAGAGUACCCACAGAGAAAGGCAACGCAGGAAUGAAAAUUCAACCACCCUCACCGAACGUUGAGAUGAAGAAAAGCGGAACCUUUGAGGGUGAGAUAAAGAAAAUGAUAAAACCACCAACGGCUCCGUCUCUUCCGACGCCAGUUUCAUUCACUCCUGCUGGGAAGUCUGCAGCAGAAUUAAGAAUGGAACCGCCUGCAGUGCACGCGAACAAGAUAAGUACACCGGUACUGAAUGUUCCACCAUCAAUCCCAAGAGUACCCACAGAGGAAGUCAGGGCAGGAAUGAAAAUUCAGCCACCUGCACGAAAGGUUCAGAUGAAGAAAAGCGGAGGCUUUGACGGGGAGAUAAAGACAAUGAUAAAACCACAAACGGCUCCGUCUCUUCCGACGACAGUUUCAUUGACUCCUGCUGGGAAGUCUGCAGCAGAAUUAAGAAUGAAACCGUCUGCAGUGCAUGCGAAUGCGAUAACUACGCAGGUACUGAAUUUCCCACCAUCCAUCCCGAGAGUACCCAGAGAGGAAGGCAAUGCAAGAAUGAAAAUUCAGCCACCCUCACAAAAGGUUGAGUUGAAGAAAACUGGAGCUUUUAAAGGUGAGGUAAAGACAAUGAUAAAACCACAAACGUCUCCGUCUCUUCCGACGACCAUUUCAUCGACUCCUGCUGGGAUGUAUGCAGCAGAUAGAAGAAUGAAACCGUCUGUAGUGCACGCGAACGAGAGAAAUUCACCGGUGCUGAAUGUCCCACCAUCAAUAGCAAGUAUACCCACAGGUGAAGGCAACGCAAAAUUGAAAAUUCAGCCACGUUUACCAAAGGUUGAGAGGAAAAAAAUUGGAGCCUUUGAGGGUGAGAUAAAGACCAUGACAAAACCAGAAACAGCUACGUCUGUGCCAACGACCGCUUCAUUGACUCCCGCUGGUAAAUCUACAGCUGAAUUAAGACGGAAACCUUAUGCAGUGCACGCGAACGAGAUAAGUACUCCGGUAUUGAAUGUCCCGCCAGCAACCCUAAGAGCACCCGCACAGCAAGGCAAUGUAGGAAUGAAAAAUCAGCCACCUUCACCAAAGCUUCAGCAGACGACAAGUUUAUCUUUUGAGGGCAUGAUUAGGAGGGCCACAGAACCGUCGACGACUCCGUUUCCUUCUACCAUGGAAUCAUUGUCUUCUGCUUUGAAAUCUGCACGAGAAUUACCAAAGACUCCUUCUGCAGUAGACGCGCACAAGAUAAGUACACCGUUAUUGAAUGCCCCACCUCUAACACUGCGAGUGCCUCAUGAAGGAAGCAGUAUAGCAAAGAAAAUUCCACCGCAUUCAAGAAAAGUUCCGAAGGCUAAGAGUGCUUCCUUUGAAGAUCUGCUUAAGAGGACAACAGAACCUGCAAUGGCUUCGUCUCUUCUCAAGAUCGAAAAACUAAGUCAUGGUUUGAAAUCUGUGGCAGAAUUGCCAAAUCACCCUUCAGGACUGCUUGUGAAGGGGGUAAUUACACCGGGGUUCAACAUGCCCCCGACAAUACCGAAGGUUAUCACGCAAUCAGGCAAUAAAGGAGUAAGAAGGCAGCUACCGGACGUAAUGGUUCCUCAUAGGAAGGUUCCUGCUUUUGAAGUCGAGAUUAAGAGAACCACAGAACCUUCAGUGGCUUCGUCUCAGACCCUAAAAUCGGGUCCGUCUAUACCAGCAGUAGUUUCAACAAAGGAAGCUUCAGGGCGGCUAGUGGCAGAGGUAAAUCCACCAGGAUAUAUAUUCCCGCCGACACUGCUGGGAGUACUCAGAAAAGGUGGAAAUGAAUCAACAAAUAUGCAGCCGCCUUCAGCAAAGGUUCUGCAGCCGAAUAAUGGUUCUGUUAAAGGUGCACUUAUGGGACGUGCAGAAUCUGCAAUAGUUCCGUCUCUUUAUAAGACUCGAACUUUUAUUCCCGCUAUGAAGUCUACACCAGAAAUGCUAAAGGAGCGUUCAGCGCUGCUCGUGAAGAAGGUAAUUUAUCCGUUAGUGACAACACCAAAACUACUCCGUAACGCGGGUGUUGAAGCAAUAAAAGUGCAGCCGCCUUCACCAAGUGUUUCCCAGCCAACCCCUGAAUCAGUUGCGGCUUCGCUUAAGAGGUCAGAAUCAAAAAUACACAAUGCCGUUACGGAGUUUGAAAUAGCAAGACGCACCCCAAUACACAGGGAAGAAAGCAAAAUAUUUUCUAAAAUGUUGCCACAUACGGCAAACAUUUUUCGGGAGAAGGCGGCUCUAGCUUUAGCAAUACGAAAUGCCAGUCCUCAGCCUCACGCUGCUUCCAAUGUACUUUUAAAUCAGCGUGCUAAUCAUAAGGUUGUUGCGGAGCUUGCGACAAAUGCUUCAUUAUUGCCUUUAAAGAAACAUGUGGAAGCAAACUUCACGUAUCAUGCAGCUGAGGCACCGUUUACCAGCAACAAAGUUGGCAAGCAAAUACACAGGCAAUCGCCCAUUUCUGUCCUUUUCCAGCCCGUCAAUAUAACUGAUUCACAAGCUUUAGAUGUCGUCUCGAAGUCCCGCUCAAUACCACAAGCCCAACCCCACGCACAACAUGCUUGGUACCACAUACACAAUGUUCGACCAUCCAACGACCGCGUAACGUCUUUGAAAUUUUUACACCAACUUGCGCAAAUCACUCCUUCAGGUACAGCUGUCCCUUAUAAUUCGGAUGAAGGUGAUUUAUUUGAGGCUACACUUCGAGCCAUUUCACACAACAUUGGCAACCCUGUAGAAACACAAAGGACGCUUCUAGAAACAAUGAAACCAGUACGUGGCAUUCCUCAACUGACGACACUGAACGAGGAAGCCUUAUCCAGAAAUCUUGAUUUUCCUGAUGUUAAAAAUCUGUUAUUCAGAGGGAACACUUUCUAUAAUACAGAACCUCAACCAGGGCGAAAUGGCAUCGAAAAUUAUGCUCUUAUUGGCACCAGAGGAAUACGUCCAUUUCAACAGCCCUCUUUAGUAAAGAGCAGGGCACUUUUCGAAGAAAACCCUGGAGCUGUAUUUUCUGAUAAGUUGUCUGGACUUUCACCGUACCUUCCUAAACCACAAACUUCAUUACAGCCCUUGCAUUUUAUUUAUGAACAUAUGGGGGUUUUACCAGACAGAGUACCCGUCCUCAUCAAGAGUAAUAUAAAUGUCUUGACGAAGCAGCUAUAUGAAUUCUUGGACAUCAAAAGACCUGACGGAUGGCAUGACUACUAUUCAACUCUUAUUAACGCGAAAUUAUCUUCGCGCCUGUACGCAAUUCUGCCGUACUGGCUUUCCGCUACGUUCGAAUACCUUCUCAGUCAGGAAGUGGAGAGCAGCCACGCCUUGAUAAUAAGACAGAAUCCUUUUAUAAUGAAAAUGCCUUUUAUACGGAAAGCCAACCGAAAUGUGAGAGGCUUACAUUUUCCGUUAAGCGCCCCUCUCAUGCAUGUUCCUCUUAUUCCACUAAGAAAUAUCGUACCAAGGAGAACAUCAAGGGAAAGUCACUUCUUACCCAAGACGGACGUGGAGUUGCGAUAUGCGCAUCAGCCGACCGCAUUUGCAACGCUGCCGCAUUGGUACCCAAAGACAUUCGAGCACCUUCUCGGUGAAGAAGUGGAGAGCGGAAAUGACGUAGUAACAAGACGGAAUUUUAUGCCCUCAGAGCAAACUGGUGACAAGUAUGUUACAGGCUCUAUUUCACCACUACGCGCAUACUUACAAUAUAUCUCCCGCAUUUUCCCAAAAACCACUGCAACAAGAACAUCGAGUGCAAGUCAAUUCUCAGGAAACAUGAACCUUGACUUGAGGAAUAUUUAUUCAUCAAAUAUACUUGAAAGACAACCUUUGCUACCCAUGAUGUACCCAAUGCAAUCGCCAUGGUGCCCUAGAACAGUUGAACACCUUCUCAGCCAGGAAGGGAAGAACAGCAAGGGCCUUCUAAUUAAACGUAUCUUUUUGCCCUUCAUAAAGAACAAUGAGAAUAAUUUAGAAGCCCUCACUUCACCAUUAAGCAGCUAUUCUUAUUACAUCCCGCACAUAUAAGCGAGUUUUCGCAGAAAGGAGGACACAGAUUCCAAAAGGCUUCUUCGAUUUCCGGUGAUACAAGAGAAGGUCUUCGCAGUGGUUGCACUGGCAAAGCCCAGCACUCUCAAAUACUGCGUAUCACAUCUCACCGGCAUCCCGAUAUAACAAUCGCUUUCGUCGAUACCUGAACAACUACACUAUUUUAAUGUGCACAGAAAAAUAAAUAUGGUUUUCGGUGAAACAAUAUGCGGGCACAAAAACUGACUGUAAUCAAUUUUCUUGUUCCUAUUUCCAAGGCACGUCCUAGUGCAGGGUAAACGAUGCAGCAGUAAUACUAAAUUAUCUUCGUUCCUUAUCCUAUCGAGCUCGUUUAUAGGAUUGCCUUCUCUUGAAGCAAGGAGUGGACUAGGCAGAUAGGUCAGUGUCUCCCUUAAAGGCAUAGAGAUUGGAGAAGUAAUUUUUGAAAUGGACGCGGUAACCUAAUCGAUAUUUUCACUGCUGCAGAUGCGAAUGUCUGCUGUAAGUUUCAGGCAUGAACAGUUUCGAAGAGAACUGAUGUUGUGAUCGAAGAUAUUUCAAUAUCAAGUUUGAAGUACAUGAGCGCCCACUCUUUUAGUCCUUUCGAUAAGGAACUUGUUUUUGUAGGCGGCGGCGGUAUUACGCAUGUUUUAUACUCUUUAAAAGCAAACUUGUGCUCAAGAAAAAAAACCUUUGCGUGUAGCUUGCAAUUUCUGUGCCGUCUUUUCCUUUAUUAUUUUCCUUACCCAUGUGCUAUACAAUUUAACGAGCCUGCGCCGGUCUCGCCGACAGCAUCCAAUGGUCUCUAGAGAAAUACCCUGAGAGUCCUGUAACUGACUCUGACGGGCCCUGUGCAUUGAGUGGAAACAUUUCAUUUGUAGAUGAGUAAAGUUUGUUUGGUGGGAGGUUUUCGGUAAUAAUAAUGCUAAAGGAGUAACUGGUGUAGCACAAAUAUCAACUAAUAUCUCGGCACAGUAUUAUACACGACGCUGAAGACAUGAUUACACAUUCAUACAUGAUGCCACUCGAUGCCCAGCGUCAAGGUGCAAUAAAAUGGUAUUUUCU